AUGAGUAAGUCGCAGACAAGUACCAAGCAGCCAGUAAAACAAAAGACACCGAAAGAAAUGAUCAAAAUGCUGGAAGAGCAGUUAUUUGGAGAGAAAAAUAGAACAAAGAAAAAGGAAAUACAGUCUAUGAUCAAGAAGUUUGAGCUGGAAAUGGAGCUGGAAAGAAAAAAGAAGCAGGAGAUAGACAACAUCAGGAAGUCUGAAGUUGUGAAGCAGCUGAUUCCUGUUGGUGUGGACCCAAAGACAGUGCAGUGUAUUAACUUUCUUAAUGGGAAAUGCGAAAAGGGCGAUCUGUGCCAGUUUGGGCAUUUUUUAAAGAAGGAGGAAAAGAAGGAACAGAAUGUGCCGCCACAUCCAAAACAGAAAGUAGUAUGCAAGUUCUUGAUAGAUGCGAUUAAUGGCGGAGAAUAUUCUAAGAGUUGGGAAUGUCCACUUCCCAACUGCCAGGACAUCCAUAGACUUAUUGAGCUGUCCAAUAACCAAGAAGUAGAGGUGUCCCUUGAGGAAUAUAUCGAGCUGCAGAGACAAACAAUAGACGAGAACAGUCUUACACCUGUGAAUGAAAAGACGUUUGCUGAGUGGAAGGCUAAAAAGGAUAGAGAGGACGAGUUGCAUGCAAAGAGAGUUGCAGCCCUAUCAGGAAAUGUCAAAGGAUGUGAUCUAUUCCUUAAAAAUCCAGAAAUGUUUGAAGAUGAUGACGAAGCAGGCGAAGAAAUUAACUAUGCCGAGCGUAACUAUGAAGAGUCAGAAGAGAAAGAGCAGGAACGAUUUGCUGAGGAUUAA